AAAAAAAUUUAAAUCAGUCACCGCUGCCAGCAACCCGACCCAACUGUACCUUAAUCUAUACUUUUACACGCAAAUCCUAAAAUAGUACGGUGAAAAUUGAUAGGCUGUCUGAAAAUCUCCCUAUACAUCUGAUCGACGGCUCUUCCUUUCUUUCCGCAAAUGUCUGUAGCUGCAGCAACCCCGGUGGUAGCUCUAGUUAACCAGCGAACCCUCUGCCCGGAAAAGUCCAGCCUUCUACCGUUAUCUUCCCAAUUUUGCGCCAACAAGCUCCGGAACUUCACCAAAUAUUAUGCGCCCCGGAAAAGGGGCUCUCGUUAUUACCUUACCGGCGUCAAACUCCGACGAUCCAUCUCUCCUGUCAUGGAAUGGCAAGAUUGCACUGUAAAGAUGGAAAUUGAUUUGCCCACUUCAGUUGCUUAUAAAUGUUACUCUGAUCGUGAAGCCAUUCCUCAGUGGAUGCCCUUCAUUUCAUCUGUAAAGAUUCUAGAGGAUAAACCUGACCUAUCACGAUGGUCACUGAAGUAUAAAGCAUUUGGACGUGAUAUAGAAUUCUCUUGGCUUGCUCGAAAUAUGCAGCCUAUACCAAACCAGAAAAUCCACUGGAGAUCUCUUGAGGGUCUUCCGAAUAGAGGAGCUGUGAGGUUUUUCCCUAAAGGUGCUGGUUCUUGUGUUGUAGAACUUACUGUUUCAUAUGAAGUUCCUCAACUGCUGACUCCAGUGGCAUCUGCAUUGCAACCUUUUCUGGAAAGCUUGCUGUUACGAGGUUUGGAACGAUUUGCAAGAUUUGCAAAAAGCUACUCAGCUGAAUCAACUGCAUAAUAUCCUAGUGAUUGAGUUCAUUCCCAAUUUUCUUUCUCAUUGCUGAGAUCCGCAAAGUGGAAGUAAAUGGAAGAAUUGUGAGACACAGCCAUAUAACGUGUAAAGUUGAAUUCUUUAUUGCACAUUUUAUAGAUGCUUUUUGGUAUUCCCCGUGACAGCCUAUCUAUUGCAUAGCAUGUGUUUUUGGCAGUUUUAAAAACAAGAGCAUCCAGCUCGCACGUUCCCGAGUUGCGCUUCCACGUUUUGUGUUAGUGAGGGAAGAGAGAAAACUGAAAGAAAUGAGUUUGGCCAUCUAUGUUGUAGCUGUUGUGGUUACAUGUUGUUAUUCGUAGCAAUCCAUGAAAAUUUUGACAUUA